GGCGCCGGGGGAGACGGGGAUCGGCCGCGGGCCACAGCUGGGAAUAACAGACAAGAGAGUAUCCAGAAGACAUGCCAUUCUUGAGGUGAUGGGUGGUCAGCUUCGAAUCAAACCGAUACACACAAACCCAUGUUUUUAUCAGUCUUCCGAGAAGAGCCGACUCUUACCAUUGAAGACAAAUUUAUGGCACUGUUUGAAUCCUGGAGAUAGGUUUUCUUUGUUAGUUGACAAAUAUAUUUUCCGUGUUUUUUCCACAUGCUCUGAGACAGAAUUGGAAUGUACCUUGAGAAACAGUCAAAUGCCAAGUGAAGAUAAUCUGUUGAAUGAAACACCAAAAUCUCCUGCAAUUAAUUUAUCUGAUGAGACAACUGGUGCCACGCAGCUGGAAAGAAGCACAGAAAUAACCAAGACCCAGACGACUAACACAGAUAGCAUGUCUUUUCCAGGUGAAUGUAGUAAGCAACAGCCAAACCUUGCCCAGAGGAAAAGAAUUCUUCCAGCAUGGAUGUUAGAAAAUUUAAGUGAUCAAGACCUUUCCAUAUCUAUCAUUAGUGGAGGUAAUGUAAUUCAGGGAAGUGGAAAAAAAGGACUCUGGAAAGAUAAAACCUCAGAAAACAUAUCACAGCAAGGAAGAAAGAGAUCAGUUUUAUCAGGAAGUUCAAAAAGUACAUUGGCAAAACAAGACACAGGAAAAAAGUACAAAAAUUCUGAUCAGGAAGAGUCUAUCAUUUCCUCCAAGGAAAUGCCACAGUCAUUACCUCCAAACACAUUAAGUAACCCAGAAGGGAAUACGAAGACUAAAACAAAAAGAAGCAAAAUUUCAAUAAAGAAAGUUGGUGAAGUUUCUGAGCAUAAUAACAUCACUAAAGGAGCACCUGAUAAAGAAGAGGCAAUGAGUGGUUCUCAGAGUUUUUCAAGUGCCCAAGGCAAGUCAUCCAAUGAUGAGUCUCAAGGAUCUCAUCCUGAGUCUAGCUCUGAUUCCUCCAAUCUUGAGACUUUGCAUGCGAAGGCCACUGAUUCAGUUCCAGAAGGUCCUGAAGACAACAAGGUCAAGAGGACAUCCUGCAUGUAUGGAGCAAAUUGCUAUAGGAAGAAUCCUGUCCAUUUUCAACACUUCAGCCAUCCUGGCGAUAGUGAUUACGGAGGUUCGCCAGUCAUGAAUCAAGAAGACACUGAUGACCGACCUGAAUGUCCCUAUGGAGCAUCUUGUUACAGGAAGAAUCCUCAGCACAAGAUAGAAUUUAAACACAGUACACUUCCAGUGAGAGAUGCUUUGGAUGAAGAUGACGAUGUUGGACAGCCCAGUGAGUAUGACCUGAAUGACAGCUUUCUAGAUGACGAAGAAGAAGAGUAUGAGCCAACGGAUGAGGACUCUGACUGGGAACCAGGGAAGGAAGAACAAGAGAAGGAAGAUGUAGAAGAGCUUUUGAAAGAAGCAAAAAAGUUUAUGAAAAGAAAAAAGUAACUCUUGUCUACAGUAGUAUGUGGUUCACAGUUACUUUGUCUUUAUAGGAAAAUAAUCAGGAACUAAGAACAUACUUAAGCAAUAGCUGUUUUCCUUCUUUUGAUAGUUAUGACUCUUUCUAUUAACUCUUUGUAAAUGAGACAUUGAGAUGUCAGCCCUCAAUGUAGUAGAGAAAAUUUAUUUGUUACUUUGCCAUUUUUCUUCUCCCCUAUUUAAAGCAUCUGGAAAUAGGAAGCACACAGAAGCAAAGAGUAAUAAUAGAUAGUUUUAUGUAUUUCUUCUAUUGCUAAUAAAAAGUUAAAGUCACAGGUUGCAUAAAACUUUGCUCAUUUCUCAUUUUUUCAAAGAUUCUGUGGAGGACUAAUCAAGACGAACCACACAAACUAGAACAAGUGUAGGACAGCAUGCCUCUUCCAUUUUUUGUUUUUUGUUGUUUUUGUUUUUGUUUUUUUUUUUUGGAGAGAUUUUCACUGUAG